CUGAGCAGAAAGCAGGGACCCAGGACUCUGUCUCACUAUAGACACACUUCUGCCCCCGCAACACCUCCACACCUCCGCCAAGCCACCCAGCAAAGUGACAUGAGUCGCCACAGCACCAGCAGUGGGACCGAAGCCACAGCAAAGAGCAUGCUCUGGGGCGGUGAGCUCAGUCAGGAAAAGCAGACUUGCACUUUUCGAGUCCAAGGCGAGCAGAAGGAUGGCUGUAAACUGCUGCUCAGCACGAUCUGCUUGGGGGAGAGAGCCAAAGAGGAGGUGAAUCGUGUGGAAAUAAUUUCCUCAGCAAACCAGGAGGAGAGAAAACCACCAGUCACCAUUGCCACUCUGAAGGCCUCCGUACUGCCCAUGGUUACAAUAACAGGAUUGGAACUUUCUCCUCCAGUGACUUUUCGGCUCCGGGCUGGCUCAGGCCCUGUGUUCCUCAGUGGCCAGGAAUGUUAUGAAACUUCAGACCUAGCCUGGGACGACAACGAGGAGGAUGAAGAGGAGGAUGAAGAAGAGGAUGAAGAAGAAGAUGAAGAAGAGGAUGAAGAAGCAGAUGUAUCGCUAGAAGAGGUCCCUAUCAAACAGGUCAAGAGGGCGGCUCCCCAGAAGCAGGCAAGCUUGGCUAAGAGAAAAAAGGUGGAAAAAGAAGAGGAGGAGACAGUGGUGAGGCCCAGCCCUCCGGACAAGAGCCCCUGGAGGAAGGGGAGAUCUACACCCAAAACUAGGAGGUCUGCAUCCAAGAAAUGA